CACCGGGAGCUCGGUCAGGUUCAGGCGAGACCGCGGUGUGUGUGCGCGCGUGCUCGUGCUCCGUGUGAGGAAGAUGGCGAUCGCCAGACGGAGUUUCGGCGCUGCGCUCCACCUCGGUCGGCGACUUUGAGCGGCAAAGAGUUUUAUAAGCACGCGGGUGGACGGGGAAGGAGGAGAGCGGGUCGGCUGCGUUUACACUUCCCUUUCCCCCCCCCCCUCCUUCACGACGUGUGAGUGAUCGAGCCGGCGAGGUCCCUUCGUGAGGAGAGAGUCACCGUGGGCUGGAAGGUCGCCGAGGUCCCGGGCUUGCGGGGAUGUUCUCGGUUUUGUCCUGUGGAAGACUGGUGGCCAGGGCGGUGUUGGGAGGACUUUCCCAGACGGACUCUCGGGAUUAUAGCCUGGUUACGGCCAGUUGCGGCUUCGGGAAGGACUUCAGGAAAGGGAUUUUAAAGAAAGGAAUGUGCUACGGAGACGACGCGUGUUUCAUAGCCAAGCACAGGAGUGCCGAUGUUUUGGGUGUAGCAGAUGGAGUUGGAGGUUGGAGAGAUUAUGGAGUAGAUCCUUCCCAAUUCUCAGGGACCCUGAUGCGAACAUGUGAGCGUUUGGUACGGGAAGGGCGCUUUGUACCAACCAAUCCUGUAGGAAUUCUUGCUGCAAGCUAUUAUGAAUUAUUACAGAACAAAGUACCGUUGCUAGGGAGCAGUACUGCUUGUUUAAUAAUUCUAGACCGAAGUAGUCAUCGGUUGCACACAGCGAACCUAGGAGACUCUGGCUUUCUGGUGGUCCGGGGUGGUGAAGUGGUUCACCGGUCAGACGAACAACAGCAUUAUUUUAACACCCCUUUCCAAUUGUCUAUACCACCACCUGAAGCAGAAGGUGUAGUUCUGAGUGACAGCCCUGAAGUUGCCGACAGUACUUCCAUUGAUGUCCAAAUAGGCGAUAUCAUCUUGACAGCAACUGAUGGUUUAUUUGAUAACAUGCCUGACUACAUGAUCUUGCAAGAGUUAAAGAAAUUAAAGAAAACAAAUUAUGAAAGUAUUCAGCAAACAGCAAGGAGCAUUGCAGAGCAGGCUCAUGAACUAGCUUAUGACCCAAAUUAUAUGUCACCAUUUGCACAGUUUGCUUGUGAUAAUGGACUGAAUGUACGAGGAGGUAAACCAGAUGACAUCACUGUUCUACUAUCAAUAGUAGCGGAAUAUACAGACUAAUCUCUUCAAAGGCGUGGAUACUUUUUACCUAAAUAUCCAAUUCUACUAUUUCCUGCUGGCAGGACAUCGUUUCCUUGACUAUAACUUCUCAAAAGGCUAGUCAUUCUCACGGCACAAUUCCUCCUUUGUUCAAGCAAAAGCUUGAUACUUUAACAAAAAUGCCAGCAAGAUAUUCUAAAUUAUACAAGGGAAAGUAAAUGCACGCCUCUUCCAGCAGUACUUCAGUAGGGCAGUAGUUCAGAAGGGAUGUUAGCCUGUUACUUGAUGCCUGGGUCUGUAGGAAUAUUGUGGUUAAAUAAAUUGUCAAUCGUUUGAUUAGAUGGCAUAUAAACAUGAGGGCAUCAGCAGUAGGAUACAGAUGAAUGCUGUUAUAGUUGUUGGGUAAUGGAAACUUGCCCUUACAGAAUUAACAAAUCAGAACCAAGACAUCUGAAAUAUAGAAUUUGCUCUCAGAAUCUGUGGGGAAUAAAAUAAAUAUAUUUUUAAAUUAGUAUUUCUUGAUGGGACUAAAUGAUACAGACCAUUUUCUAAGAAGACAUGGAAAAAUGCAGGAAGGGGUUGACUGAAUUCAACUUUCAAAAUUACUUUCUGAUGAAAAGCUUAAAAUUUUGGGAUAAUGGCACAUGACAUUAUAUCAAAACCUUUUCCCCUUUACCCAGCUACUGAAUGACUUGAAUGUUUAAUUUCAAAUAGUUGAAAUUAAUUUUGCUUAUGGCUGGAUGAUGUAGAGAACUGUGAGGGUGGAUUAACAUAGCUGUUCUGAAUGGUUUUGUGUAUAGAACAAUUGGCUGUAAAAUGUUAAGGCAUGUAGCCCAUGGAGUGAUUAAAGCCAUGAAGCCAUGUCUAACUUUACAUAGUAAAUCGGGCAAAUUUUGAGGAAGGUGUUUAGUGUAAUUUGUUUUACCAUCUUCCUAUAUGGUGGUUACUAUUUCAUUAUGUAUACUGUACAUAAUACAAUUUAAUUUAUUUACAUGUACUAUGUACAUGUCGAUUUCCUAUUUAAACAUGCUUGUAACAGGCAUCUUGUUUGUUUUUUUGUUAGUCACAUAAACUAGAAUACUUUGUACUUUCUCACAGGUUUUGCACAUUGCUUGCAUUUAUGUAUGGAGGUUGAAUUUGAGUUCCUAUUAUGUUUUUACAUUCUGGAUGUCUGAAUGCUUUGAAACAGAAUUACUACUUAAAUACAGUAUUUUGGUGAAUGAUAGAUACUUCUUGUCUGCUUAUACUAUUAUACUUAAAUUAUUCAGGAAACAUUUUUAUCAGAGCUUGCUAAUUUCAGGAAGGAUGUGACUUGCUACUAAUUUUUUGACUGUAAUUUGUUCUGAUACUGAAAAUAAUUCAGAUUGGAAAAUUGUAAAAGCAGUGACGCAUUUGCAGCUCACAUUAAAAUUUAGGAAAAAGUUUUGAGCUGUGGUCUAAAUUUUUAAAAAAAUGUCCUUUUUAAAUUUAAUUCUGUAGUUUACUAAAUAUCUUCAAAUUUCAUUCAAGCCAGAAUAGAGCUCCAAAACAAUUCCAUAAUGGUCUUCCUCUUAUUUCUAAUUUCAAUUUUCUCCGUGGAGUUACUUUAUCUGGCUGUGUGCACUGAAUUAUGUUUUGAAUUUUCCUAAUUGCUUAAUACAACUUUUUGUGUAGAUUUCCCAACAAUGCAAAAACAAAGGUAGCAACAGUCCAUUAUUUGUGUUAUUUGUGCUUCUUUGUAGAUUGCGCAAGUUUCCACCUUGUUAGAAAAUUAAUGUAGUAUUGACAAUGAGGCCUUACAUUUUACCAAAAAAAAAAUUGGAGUAGGAGGAGUUGGCAGCUGUGUGUCAGAAUCCACUAGAAUGAUGGUCAAAAUGAGCUUUAUUUCAAAUGGAUAUUUUUGUAUGAAGUUAUCCAAGUAUAAACACUUAAGUGUGAAGAAAAACUGCCACACUUAAUGGAUAAUCACAAAAUAAAAUUAAAUUGUAUUAUUACCAGUGGGAAAAUAAACUUUAUGGUCCCAAGUACACACCAAAGACCAGAAUGCAUUUUCUUCCCUGGCGCAAACUCCACUUUUUUAAGCAAUACUGUACUGAUGUUAUAAAAUACCUGCUUUGGGCUAGUGUUUUAAUUUUAGAGUAUGUUCUAUAAUGCACUACUAUAUUUGAAAGAGAUAAUGCUCAACUGAAGCAAAUCUCCAUAUUUUUAAACAAAAAAUGCUCCUUGCGCACAAAAUAAUUGGACAGUUAAUGUUUACAGGCCUUUGACAAUAAGGCACGCUAACUUUAAUUCUCACAAUUAUUGUUGAAAUUGUGAAAAUUCAUUGUCCUUCAAGUUUGUUUUGGACUAAACCAAAUUUUAAUUGGUCUGUGUGGAUAAAUAUGUAACUUGGUGAAGGAGUACAAUCCCUCCCAAUAAUGGAGUGUGUUUUGAUCAUGUAAAUUAACUGUAGCUAUCAUAUGCUUCAACUGUAAUGUAAAUGCAGGAAUACUUGUGU